CAAAAGGUAUCUCUCUAAUCUCUCUCUCUUUCCUCUUCAACAAAUCACGCACCAUCGUCAUCAACAACUCGUUCAUCAUCAUCAAUGGAAUUCCCCAAACGAAACCUCCUUUUCCUCGAAUCAAUUCAUCAUCAUCAUCACCACCUCUGUAUUUUACUUUAAUUCCCUCUUUCUAUUGUCUGAUUUUUUUUUCCAGUAACAGAAACCCUAAUUACACCGACCGACUUUGUCAUCUUGUCUGGCCCAUCACAGAACCCACACUACUCUGCUUUUGCUUUUUUUUUUCGUUUUUCCCGGGAAAAUUGAUCUCUUUUCCUCCUUUCGUCAUUAUUAGUAGCCAAUCACUCAUCUUUUAGUUUUUUUUUUUCUUCUCUCCCUCACCAUCUCCGAGUAAACCCUAGAAUCAAUCUCCCCCUUUCUGGGUUUACUCGGUCUCCACUUAAAGUUUGAUCCUUUGUUCUAUAAUUCACUUAAAGUUUCCAUUUUUAUUUUGAUUCUUCUCUCUCUGAUGGCGUAUCAACCGGUUCCUGGUUCUGGGUUUCACUACUUGAACUCGCCUUUCGGAGAUACGACUUUCACUAAGGUAUUCGUCGGUGGCCUCGCUUGGGAGACUCAGAGUGAAGCCCUUCGUCGCCAUUUCGAGCAGUUUGGUGAUAUCCUUGAGGCCGUCGUCAUUGCUGAUAAGAACACCGGCCGAUCCAAAGGAUACGGCUUUGUGACUUUUAGAGAUCCAGAAGCUGCUAGGAGAGCUUGUGCUGACCCAACUCCAGUUAUAGAUGGUAGACGUGCGAACUGUAAUCUUGCUUCACUUGGUAGACCUCGCCCUCCGUUGCCCUAUGCAUUGAUACCUAACAUGCCUGGACGCUUAAGACCUGCUUCCCCCUACAUUGGAAACGUGCAGGGUCCUCGUGGUCCACCUUUUGGAAACUAUCCUUAUCAGCAACCACUUCCAUAUAACUACCAGCAAGGAGUUGUGUAUCCUUAUGGGGUGGCUGCAUAUGGACCUGAGUACAUGUACUCACAGUCACAGGGGUUAUAUGGUCCAUACAUGGGUCAGCAGUACCUUCAGGUCUACGGAGUACCUGGGGCAGUUAACACACCAGUUUAUCAAUACGGACAAUUUAAUCAGACUGUUCCCAGUGGCCAGAGCUAUACAGCACUUCAAGGGUACUCGGUUCCAGGUAGCCAUGUCCUGCAACUUGGUGGAUCCACUGUUAGUGCCAUGACUACUUCAUCCAUGCCUGCUCUUCAAGCUCCGUACCCUCCAGGUCCUGCUCCAGCACAGUCCCAUAUCAUUGUCCAUCCCCCUCAGUUUAUGCAGAGUAGCAGUUCUGACCAAACAACAAGGUGAAGACUGAGGAGAAAGGAGUAGCGAAACUGCUAUUCAAUGUGGCAACAGAAGCUUCCUGUUUAUUUUAAGUCGUCAAGUUAUUUAUCUUGCAUCUGAAAGGUUAUAUAAAAUAGUCUUUGCUCUCACUGGAAGGGCGCAGAAAGAAAAAGGAAAGUGGGAGUCUCAGGGUUUGUGGCUUCAGUUUUCUUACUCAUCCAUCAAUGUGCAAAAGAUGCUGCUGGCUCAAGCUGGGUUUGAGUUUGCAGGCUCUAUAACGGUUUUCCUAAGGAGGGGUAACCGUUGGUAAUAAGCUGGUGUACUAUAUGCAUAUAUAUAUACACAGAUACACAAGCAUAUACAUACUAGAAUCAAAAUCUGAUUCUUUUUUUUAGCCUAAGGUCGUAAUACCACUACACUUUCUUCAGGUAUAGGAGUGUAGUGAGUAAACAUUCAUAGGUAUAUGUCCCAAGUCCUGCAUUGUAAGUAAAGCAUGUUUAUAUAUCCUUUAAUUGUGUAGGGUUUGUCUGUUUCUUCCAUUGUCUGAACACACUGAUGAAUGAUUGUUAUCAAAAGCUUACUUCAAAGUAUGGAGUUAGUUUUUAUCUCAGAA